CCAGGGACUUUAAAUAGUUUCAGUGUAACCUCAGAAAAUCGAGAGAAAAAACAAGAUCAGGAACAACGCUUGAAACAAACCAAAAUGAGUUUCCUGCCAACUUUUUCAACAGAGACAUGGACUCUGCUUGCCUUAUUCUUUACGCUACUAUUUGUGUAUGGCAUUUGGCCAUAUGGAUUUUUUAAAAAGCUUGGGAUUCCUGGACCUAGACCUUUGCCAUUCAUAGGGACAUUUUUUGAAUACAGGAAGGGUUUUCAUGGAUUUGAUAUGGACUGUUUUAAGAAGUACGGAAGAAUGUGGGGGAUUUAUGAUGGACGGCUGCCAGUUUUGGCUGUGAUGGACACAGCAGUGAUAAAAACAAUCCUAGUUAAAGAGUGCUAUAGCCUUUUCACUAACCGAAGGAAUUUCGGCUUGAAUGGGGAACUUUAUGAUGCCCUGACCGUUGUGGAAGAUGAGGAAUGGAAAAGAAUCCGCAGUGUGCUCUCGCCAUCCUUCACCAGCGGAAGACUUAAACAGAUCUUCCCAUUAGUCAAGCAACAUGCAGACUCUUUGCUGCGAAACGUUCGGAAGGCGGCAGAUGCCAAAGAGACAGUUCAAAUGAAAGAGAUGUUUGGUGCAUACAGUAUGGACACUGUCGCCAGCACCUCCUUCAGUGUAAACAUUGACUCUCUCAAUAGCCCCAAUGAUCCCUUUUUGACCAACAUCAAGAAAAUGCUCAAAUUCAACUUAUUUAACCCAUUUUUGUUACUGUUAGUUUUGUUUCCUUUUAGUAUGCCAUUGCUUGAGAAGUUCAACAUUUCACUAUUUCCACCAUCGGUUCUAGAUUUUUUUUAUGCAUCUAUUCAGAAAAUCAAGUCUGACCGGAAGAAAAAUGACCAUAUUGCAGGUAGCAGGGUAGAUUUCUUGCAGCUGAUGGUAGAUUCUCAGAUUCCAGAUAAAAGUGCUCAAUCCAAAACAGAUGAACAGCAGUCCAAAGGUCUGACUGACCAUGAGAUCCUGACUCAGGCUAUGCUCUUCAUUUUCGCUGGCUAUGAAACCACUAGCACCACUCUUUCCUUCCUGACAUAUAACCUGGCAGCCAACCCCAAGGCAAUGACGAAGCUGCAGGAGGAGAUAGAUCGAGUGCUUCCAAACAAGGCUCCCGUGACCUAUGAAUCGCUGGCGGCGAUGGAGUACCUGGACAUGGCACUGAACGAGUCCCUGAGACUGUACCCUGCAGCACCACGGCUUGACAGGGUCUGUAAGAAGACUAUAGAGAUCAAUGGGGUUACCAUCCCCAAGGGCACUGUCGUCAUGAUACCCACCUACGCUCUGCACCAUGACUCAAAACACUGGCCGGACCCCGAAGUCUUUGAUCCUGAAAGGUUCAGCAAAGAGAACAAAGAAAGCAUGGACCAGUACGCCUACUUGCCAUUUGGAGCGGGUCCUCGUAAUUGCAUUGGAAUGAGGUUUGCUGUCAUCCUCGUGAAAGUGGCGAUGGUUAACUUGCUUCAGAACUUCAGCUUUCUUCCCUGCAAGGAGACUCAGAUCCCCCCUGAGCUGGAUAUCCAAGGACUGCUCCAGCCGAAAAAACCCAUUGAGCUGAAGGUCGUCUCCCGGGCUCCUAGUAACAAUGAAGAAUAAAUGUGAAAGUGAAAUUUACACAACAUGUUUUAACUACUUCUUUUUUUAUUAAUAUUCUUUUGCUCUCAAGCAUGUCUUUUCUCUGUUUGGCCGAUACACCCCGGUGCAAACAUUAAGCUUACUCUAAUUACCAAAGCUGAUUCUGCAAUUACAAACACCAAAUGUAAAAAUAAUGCAAGUAAUAAGUGGUGUCAUAGUACUCUGCACUCUUUGAGUUAAAACAGUAAAUGAAAAAAGCAUUUUAAUAACUCUCUAGUAAAUUGUUUUUGUUUUUUUUUAUUAUUCUACUUAAACGAAUUAGUAUAUUAGUAUAUAUCUGAUCUAGACCAUGUGACAGCAGGUUUAACUGGGGGGUUUUCUACCCUUUGAAAGGACAGUAUUUCUUUCUAAAAAGAUACUCGCUGAUUUAAAUAAACAGAUCACAACUUCAGGUAAGAUCUUCAUAAAACCUAUUCAUAUGCCAUUUUUAGUUUUUAUUUGUAAAAUUGAGAUUUAAAACAUGAUUUAAAUAACUACUGUUUUAAUUGGUUUUGCAAACAAUAAAUACUGCAGCUCA